AGCAUAGGGAGUUUCAACUUUUGGUACUUGAUAAAGCUGUAAGCAAGUGAAAUGAUAUUAUGGACAACCAUUCUAGGUCAUCUCUGCAGCCUCACCUGGUGGUGAGAGUACAGGUAGAUAGAGAUGCGCACAUGCAGAUCACAGAAUUCGUUGGUACCUUUUAAAGUGAUUUGCAGAGUCUUGCACUUUUGUUGUCCUGGUUUUAAAAAUACAUUCAGGUGGGUGGAAAUGGUUUAAAAUAGGUGGAAUCUGCAAGAUCUGGGACUGAUCUUACUGAUCCUGGAUCUCUGGAAAAGAGUUCUCUGUACCUUCUCCUGCUGGGGACUGUGAGCUUGUACCGGACCCUCCCAUCUGGGCAGAGUUAAGCGUUGGAAAGCAAAGCCUGUUGCCAGAAGAGGUGACACAUCACCUGGUACCUCUCACUGUUGUGUUCAACACCGUGCUCGACAGAACACUUUGUUUGACAUAUUCAUAACCAGGUGACUGACAGCUACAGUGUGACUUUGUUCUUCCUUUGUCAUGGGACCGUGGUGUAGGUGGUAGGAAUAGUUACACUCUCUGCAUCGAGGCUGUGAAGAUCACUGACAGAAGCAUGUUAUCUCCUGAGGGCGAGCCUCUUGGGAUCUGCUUUGAUCAUCUAAAGCAGCUGGGUAUUUGCAAAAGAAGACUUGGACAGCACACAGAUACUUCAUCUCUAAAUCAAGUCCAACGAUGCAUUAGAGGAAGCUGGAGUGGCUGCACAGUGAUUUCACACUGAAGGAUGAAUAGUGAAGAAGAGUUUUAUGAUGCCGUUACGGGCUUUGAUUCUGACAAUUCUUCAGGAGACUUUUCAGAAGCAAAUCAUAAAGUUGCAGAAAUGCUUGAUCUAGAUCCACACCAAAGCAAUAGGACUGGGAAGCAUAAUGGAGAGACAGAGAUCCAAGAAAAUGGAAUUAAGAGACACAGGACGUCGUUACCUGCCCCAAUGUUUUCUAGGAAUGAUUUUAGCGUGUGGAGCAUACUAAAAAAAUGCAUUGGACUGGAGCUGUCUAAAAUUACUAUGCCCAUUGUCUUCAACGAGCCAUUGAGUUUCCUUCAACGGAUAACAGAAUAUAUGGAACAUAUAUACCUCAUAAAUAAGGCUUGUAAUCAUGCAGACCCCCUGGAAAGAAUGCAGGCUGUAGCUGCUUUUGCAGUUUCUGCUGUAGCUUCUCAGUGGGAGAGAACUGGCAAACCAUUUAACCCGCUGUUAGGAGAAACCUAUGAAUUAACCAGGGAAGAUUUAGGGUUUAGGUUUAUAUCAGAACAAGUCAGCCACCACCCACCUAUUAGUGCAUUUUAUUCUGAAGGCCUCAAUAAGGAUUUCAUUUUUCAUGGAUCAAUCUAUCCCAAACUAAAAUUCUGGGGCAAGAGUAUAGAAGCGGAGCCUCGAGGAACAAUUACUUUGGAGCUUCUGAAACAUAAUGAAGCUUACACGUGGACGAAUCCAACCUGUUGUGUACAUAAUGUAAUUAUUGGUAAACUGUGGUUAGAACAGUAUGGAACAGUAGAGAUUGUAAAUCACAGCACUGGAGAUAAAUGUGUCCUUAAUUUUAAACCAUGUGGAUUGUUUGGGAAAGAGCUUCACAGAGUAGAGGGACACAUUCAGGACAAAAACAGAAAGAAGCUGUGUGUGAUCUAUGGCAAGUGGACAGAAUGCUUGUGGUGCACUGAUCCCACUACGUAUGAGACUUACAAAAAGAAUGAGAAGAGAGGUGGUGAGCAGAAGAAACCGAAGCCGAGUGAAGAUGUUAUUAAAUCUGAAAAUGAUGAGGCUGAUGAUAUGCCAGAGGUUCAAGACACGGUGCAGUUCAUACCAGGCAGUAAAUUACUUUGGAGAAUAAAUUGUAGGCCACCAAACUCCUCACAGAUGUACAAUUUCACCAGUUUUGCUGUGAGUCUCAAUGAGCUGGAGAAGGGCAUGGAAGCAAUAUUAGCUCCCACUGACUGUCGGCUACGUCCAGAUAUCAGAAACAUGGAAAAUGGAAACAUGGAUGUGGCUAGCAAAGAAAAAGAGAGACUAGAGGAGAAACAGAGAGCUGCUCGCAAGGAGCGUGCGAAAGAUGAGGUGGAGUGGCACACACGAUGGUUUCAUCAAGGCACUAACCCCUACACUGGGACUUCAGAUUGGCUGUACUCAGGUGGCUAUUUUGAUAGGAAUUUCUCAGACUGCCCAGACAUAUACUGAAAUCACAGAACCAAUUGCUCAUCUCAUCUGGACAUCCAGCUCCUAGAUUUCGUUCCAAGCCAGUCACUGGUUUUGUUGAUAGCAAAAACCAGCUUUUCUAAGUCAAUUUUAACACAAAGUCUAUGGGUCAACAAUCAAGGAUUUAAUUAGCACUAAUGUUGGAUUGCCAAAUAUUGAAAUACUGUUGCAUUCUGUCCAUAAAGCUGCACCUGAAAUCAUCAUUAUUUUCACUAAUUUUCAAAGGCACCUUUUGGUUCUUCAUUUCCACCCCCUAGUUUCUUUGUCAGGAAGAUAUGCUGUACCUGGUAGAGCACAUAACAUCCUUGAGAACUACGUAACUUAAAUAAAAUAGAGAUAAUAUCCUUGUUACUUAGUACAAUAGUGAAGAAUCUGAAGGUUUUUGGAACUCGGAGCAGGGAUGAAAAGCUAACGUUGUACCAGCAGGAUCAAAUCUAGCGCUGUGGAUGCUCCCCGUGAAGAGAUGCAUGUGGACUUCUGUACGGUAUGUAGCACUACGGGGGGACCAGCUCCUGGCCCCUCAGUAUGAUUCAAUAAUGGAUUGACUCGGGGAAACAAAACCCAAGCUGAGCUUCCCAACAUGUAGUUGUCUAUUACAGAGUCUUCACAACUUCGGGACACUGUGAGCAUUAAACUGUAUACCUGUGAUAAACCUACAUAAAGCAUACGUUAAAGAGAAGGGAAGGGUGCAUUAAAAAAUGUGCUUUUUCUGAAGUCAAAUGCUGUUCUAGAACUACCAGAAGCUUUGGAAGCAAUUGCAGGAAUGUCGAGGUGGUUACAAUGUAAAAUAUAUUGCUUGCUACCACUUGGAGGCUUAAAUCUUCUGCACUACCUUUGGCAGCUUUGGCGCUAUGUAUGCUUCUAGGCUAAACUCUUUGGAAGCACUUUCGGUGUCUAUAGCCACACAGGUUCAUAUUCUGGGGACGUUUUGGUUUGCAUGUUUUUCAUUAUUAGGUCAUGUCUGUUUUGUAUGUUGUGAAAAAGCAGAAAUCAACUUCAAGCUUUGGCAGAGUUCUACCUAUUACAAGUUUUCUGUGAGCACGUGAUGUCGAAACGUCAGAUUUCUUUUGUUCCAUGUCAAACCAUCAAAGCCAUAUAACCCUGGAAAGAAUUACUGAAUUGAUGCAUUCAUUUUGGUUCAAGUGGUACACUUUGGAGGGGUGAGGGGGGAGAGAGGCUGGAAAAAAGAAGUCCAGUAAUUAAAACUAAUCCUAAUGUUGCUGCUUUUUUUAUCCAAGUUUUUAAUUGAGUAACCAGGUAAAACCAGAGAGUGGCUGCACAGCUCUAAGGUUACAGCAGUUCAGCAAUUGCUGGUGUUAAGCACCAGCAGCUGGAGGAGUUCAUUUUGUGAUUGAUGUCCAGGACACACGUGGCUUCAUCCAGAGAGGAGACUCUGAAAGUGCUUCUCUCCCAGCUGCAGGAUGAAAAAGCAAAAGAGAAUUGACUGACUUGUGGAGAGACGUUUUUGUAUCCAGUCAGGCAUCUAAUGGUUAGAGUAACUUUAAAUUUGGGGGAAAUUUAGGUGUUCAUUGGAAAAAUGACAGAAGCUGUAGAAAUUCAGGGCAGCCUGGAACGUGCUGGUGGCAACGUUGUUCUGUUGCCAGAAAUCAGACUUGGUGUGGUUGCAGGUCUCGGGCCUCGCAAGCUCGCCUCGGUGUACGGUGCGCAGUGGGGUGCAUCGGUUCCUCGUAAGCACAGAAACACUUGACUCUUACAAAGACAUUGCUGAGCCCUGUGGGACAGCACAAAAAUACAUUUUUAUAUAAAAAGAUGAACUUUAAUGACCGUGCCAGGCAUGGUGACCCCUUCCCAAACCUGCUGCAAGCAGCGCAGGGAGCCCUUUGUGAGGCGAGGAUUGAAAGGAUUCCAGUGUAACAUCUGAUGGGAGGUUAAAGUUUGCCUGAACUUUAUGUAGUGUGUUUAAUGGUGGAGUAGUGUUUUUAAAACAAUGCAUAGAAGUAGAAAUUGAAGGGAAAAAGAGUAAUUGCUAAAGAAAUACUCUGUUUAUAAGAAGUGUACAGGUUGGCAUCCCUCUCGUUACAAUUUAAAUUCAAAGCCUUGUCAUUAGGUGAAAGCAUGAAAAACUUGUGUUUAAUCCAAACUUCCCUAUAGGAUCUUCAUGGGAUUUGAAAAGAAAUUGGGAAGAUUUCUAAAGUAAGAACACUUCAUUCAUUGUGUCCUUACCCUCUUCUCCCCUUCCUCUGAGGUUUUUAGUAAAGUUUCAGACGCGUUCAAACCCUUUCUUCUAAUUUAUUGUUCUUCAUUGCCAACACUUCAGAUUCUUUCCCCUCCCGGCCACAGGUCUGUGCUUGGCUUCCCCUGGGACUCCUGAUGCUCUGAACAAGUUUUCUUUUCGAUGCAGAUCUCGCCUCAGUAGUUUACGUGUCAAAACAUGAAUAACUUUGCACCUUUUGAAAGAAUGUCACUUUUAUAACUUGAUUAAACACUGUAUAUAAGAUAACUGUGUUAGAUUAUGUUGAUACAGCUCUGUAGAGAAACCAUCUAGAAAGAAAUUAUAAUAAAUACUUAACACCCUUUGGGCCUCUA